AUGUUACCUCAUACAUAUACCAAUCAAUCUUCUGCAACAGGGUUUGCCAAACAUCAAGAUUCUGCUAUUGCUUCUGAUAACGAGGAAAUUGCAGAGGUUGAAAUCAAUGCUGGUGAAGCUCCACCUCCACCAUUGAGAAGAUCUUCUUCAUUAUUCUCCUUAUCUUCAAAAGAAGAUUUACCUAAACCCGAGAAGAAAGAAUAUAUCCAAUUCAUUGAUGAUGAAAGACAUUUCAGUUUGAUUAGAAAUUUACAUAUGGCCGAUUUCAUCACCUUAUUAAAUGGGUUCAGUGGGUUUUAUGCAAUUAUUUCUUGUUUAAGAUAUACAUUAACUGGUCAAACUCAUUACGUUCAAAGAGCUCAUUUUUUUAUAUUAUUAGGAUUGUUUUUUGACUUUUUUGAUGGUAGAGUUGCAAGAUUAAGAAAUAAAUCUUCAUUAAUGGGUCAAGAAUUAGAUUCAUUAGCUGACUUGGUUUCAUUUGGUGUUUCUCCAGCUACUAUUGCUUUUUCAAUUGGUUUUCAAACUACUGUUGAUGUAUUAUUAUUAGCAUUCUGGGUCUUGUGUGGUUUGACUAGAUUAGCAAGAUUCAACAUUUCAGUUAAUAAUAUUCCAAAAGAUAAAACUGGUAAAGCUCAUUAUUUCGAAGGUUUACCAAUUCCAUCUAAUUUGUUUUGGGUUGCUACUAUGGCUUUAUUUGUUUCUAAAGAUUGGAUUCAUGAAAAUUUGCCUUUCGGUACUAUUUUGAAAGACACUGCUUUUGAAUUCCAUAUCAUCACCAUUGGAUUCUUCUUACAAGGUUGUGCUGAAAUCUCCAAAUCCUUGAAAAUUCCAAAACCUUAA